AUUAAUUGGUUAACCUGUCAAUGGUCAGAGAAGCAGAGGAUCGCUGCUCCAUCCGAGUUCCGCCAUCAAUAAUUUGACAAAACAAAACUCGUUCCACUCUGUUUCAAGCUGUCAGCAAAAUGUCUUCAUCUUCUCCUUCUUCCUCAUAACGAAACAAACAGAUCAGCAAAAACAAAAACAAAAAAAAAAGAAUCCUAAACAUCGUGAGUUCUGAAACAGAACGAGCCAUGAUUCGUAUAAUUCAAAUAACGAUUAUUCUCUGUUUCUCCAUCGCCGCCGUGAUCUCGAUCUCCACCGAUGACGAGUCUAUCUACGAGAUCCUCAAGCAGAACGGAUUGCCUUCAGGGAUAUUCCCAAAAGGCGUGACGGAGUUCAACUUCGACGUCAAAACGGGACGGUUCUCUGUUUAUCUGAACCGCUCCUGCGAUGCCAAGUACGAGGCAGAGCUGCGUUACGAGGCGAACGUUACGGGGACGAUAGGUGAUUCUCACGUCGCGGAUUUGUCGGGGAUAUCGGCGCAAGACCUGUUCCUGUGGUUUCCGGUUAAAGGGAUACGAGUCGACGUGCCGAGCUCUGGUCUUAUCUACUUCGACGUUGGCGUUGUUCGCAAGCAAUACUCGCUGUCGUUUUUCGAUGCGCCUAGAGAUUGCGUUGCGGUUCGCGGUGAAAAUGAGGUUCAGGCUUCUAUGUUGUCAUUGUAUCAAGUAGAUGAAUCUCUUGGGAGAAACAUUAUUUAGCCGGGGAGUUUUAAGAAAUGUUGUUAUACUAUACCAGAAAGAUAGACAGAUUUUCUCAUCAAUUCUUGAAAAUACUUUGUACUGUUUUUGGUCUCAAAUCUUAAAGCGUGAUUCAAGGUCAAAUGCCUUCCCAUUCCAGUUUUGUUUUCUGUAUUGUAUUUUCAGAUCGUGAGGGGGGGACUGAACCAAGAGAAUCUGUGAGCGGAAGAUAGAUGGGAAGAAAAAAACAUUAUCUGGUUUGUUUGGAAAAGAUGUUGAAGGACUGGUCCAUAUGUGGUUGAAGUGAUUGAUGAUAACAGUGAUGUGAGGUGAUGAAUGUUUUUCUUUAUUGUAUUUUGGUGUCUCUGUCUUCACAGAUAUUAUCCUAUAUAUAGCCAAAUAAGUCUCUGGAGUUCACAAAA